AAAUACUAGCGUUAUCAUGAAAUACGUCCACGUCAGAUCUGUAUGGUUGUUUUUAUAACUUAACCUGAACGGUAGUUAAUUCUGUUGAGAAAGAAAAUAACAUAUACUCGAUCAAAAUCUCUUGUUUCUCUUUUGAUAUAUAAUUAAGUGAUUAUUUACAAAGCAAAGUGUUUCAAAAUGUAUUGGACUCUAUGGUUAUUUAUUAUUGGAUUUUUUGGAGUAGAUAAUACAUUUGGACAAGGUCAAAGGGUUGCACCAGGUGUACCUCCUCAACAUUAUCAAGUUCAGCAGCCUACUCAACAAAUGCACCAAGUACCACAACAAAUACAACAGGGUUCACAACAACAACAAGUUCCAAUACAACAUGUGCCAGUUCAUCAAGCACCUGUACAACAACAGAUACCUGUUCAAGCUCCUAUACAGCAACAACAAAUACACAAUCACAAUCAUCAACCUCAACAAAUACUUAAUGCUGCCAAUAUAGCUCAAGAAAAGGCUCAUAUCGCAGAACAUAUGGAAGUUCCAAUCGAUACAAAUAAAAUGACAGAACAAGAAUUGCAAUUUCAUUAUUUUAAAAUGCACGAUUCAGAUAACAACAACAAAUUGGAUGGAUGUGAAUUAAUAAAAUCUCUUAUUCAUUGGCAUGAACAAAGUAAACAGGAUCCAGGAACACAAAAUGCCGGAGAUAAAUUAUUCCAGGACGAUGAAUUGGUUAACUUAAUUGAUCCAAUUCUUGCCGUAGAUGAUAUGAAUAAGGAUGGAUACAUAGAUUAUCCAGAAUUCAUACAAGCUCAGCAAAAUGCUGCUGCUACUGGUCGACAGUAAUUAAAAUAACUUCAUAUUAUGGAAUUACAAAGAAAACAAGUCACACAUUAAAAUUAUUAUUUUAUAUAAAAAUAAUAAAUUUUACAUCAUUGUUUCACCAGUUUUAUUUGUUCAGACUUAAUUGAAUGCUUUUGCAUUUCAUAUAAACAUACUUUCAUAGUCUAUAUUUUGUUGUUUAUACGAUAUGUUUUUUUCUAUAGCUUGUUGUAUACUUGAGAUUACAUAUAUAUCUUAAAUUCUACAAAUGAAAAAAGAUAAAAAAUAUUGGGUAUACAAUAAGUUGUACACACAAAUCUAUUUUGAUAUAUUAAUAAUAAUUAAAAAUAUUGUAUUGUGUAUAUGGAGUGUGAAAAAAAA